UAUAUUUAUGAGUAGUGUGAUGUGGAGCGUAUGCAUUCGUCGUUUGCUGUCGUCAAGUCGUUUUCCGUCGGGACCAACUUGGAGUGUUACAAAGAUAUUUGGCAAGCACAUUGAAGGAGACAGAUUGUUUGUCAGUGAAGAGACGUUGGAGCACGUGGAGACUCUGUCACUAUUGAAAGAUCCAGACAAGAAACUGAGCGAUUACGAAGAGAAAACAAGACUAGAGAAUCUGAAGUUUUUUGUACAUUUUGUUGAACAACUGAAAGAGGUAGAGACAGAGGAUAUCGAGCCUCUCUACUCGUUGUGUGAAGACAGCGCGCUUGUACUGAAUGAAGACAUGUCACGUGACACCUUGCCUGUUGUGGAUGUAACAAGGAAUAGCAAGAGAACAGAAAACGGAUAUUUUGUGGCUCCAUUGCCUACUUGGUAUCAAGCCAGAAAACAGAGCACUAGUUAGUAGCUAAAUUGUGCAGUAGGUAGAGUUAGUCGCGUUUGUUUGUUGUGAUGAUGGGUUAAUUAAUUAAUUAAUUAUUUAUUUAUUUACAGACUGUUACUCUGUUAUCUUAUUUACUGUGUGAUACAAGCACAUUAGAUUUUUCUGUUGAUCAUGUUUGAUGAGCAUUUUAUGAAUCAUGAUGAGAUGUAUAAUUUGAGACCAAAAGGAUACUUAAUAUACUGAUCGAUU